CGCCUGCUUUGUUUGAGGGAGGCGCCAUCUGAUCCAGCUUUGGGUCCGCAGAAGCGCUUAUAACAGAUGUGGUGAGAGUCGAGCUGCAGCCACUUUGAUCAGCACCUGUUAGUGACACAAACCAGGGUUGCAAAAUGAGUGCCAACCUGCAAGGAGCCAUGGAGGAUCUCAUCACAGUGUUCUACAAAUACUCUGGAAAAGAGGGGGACAAGUACAAGCUCAACAAAAAAGAGCUGAAGAACUUGUUGCACGAGGAACUUUCAGAAUUCCUCGCCGGUCCAAAUGAGGCGAGUGUUGUGGAGAAGAUCAUGACCGACCUGGAUGAAAACAAGGACGGAGAAGUUGACUUUCAGGAGUUUGUGGUUCUGGUCGCUGCCCUGACUGUCGCCUGCAAUGAGUUCUUUGUGGACAGUAUUAAGAAUGCCAAUAAGUAAAAGGGAAACUGACAGUCUCUGUAAAACAUCUGAAAAUUCAGCUUUUUAAUUACCCAUAAAGAAACACACAGUCCUAUAACUAUUUAAAUAUUAGAAGCUCACGUUUGCUUAAAGUCACCAAUCCUAAUAAAGCUUUAUGAAUACCUGGAUACA